CUCUUUUCAUUUUUACAUUUUGCCCGGCUAACGACAUCCGGUUGCAAAAAAAGUAAACAUGCUUCGGCGAAGUUUGACGUGUGUUUGUCGAUGUUCUGGUCGUCUGAUGUCGCCCUCAACAUCACAUAUGACCAGAAUACUGGCAGCGGGCUAUAGGAGUCAAUACAGUAUCGACAAGAUAUACCCAAACAGCGAGCAAGACUACCUUGGCUCAACAGCAUUCACGGUUCGUGCACAGCAUUCAAGUUCUGUCACUCCGGAUGGGAAAGAGUUGUUCUCAGGCUAUAUUCCAAUAAAUAAACUUGACAUCAAGUACUCUAGGGGAAGUGGGCCAGGAGGUCAGAAUGUCAACAAAGUGAACACCAAGGUGGAGGUUCGGUUCCAUGUGGAAAGUGCUGACUGGAUCCCGCAGUGGAUUCGGGAGAGACUCCUGGAGAAGGAGGCUGGGCGGAUCACCAAGGGAGGCUAUCUGGUAGUGACCUCGGACACAACGAGGAAGCAGAUGUUGAACCAGGCUGACUGCAUGGAGAAGAUACGGUCGGUCAUCUUCGGAGCUGGCGUACUUCCUCGUGAACUUACAGAAGAGGAGAAGACUGUGAGAGACAAGAGAAUGGCCAAGGCAAAGCAGGCUGUGCUGAGGGAGAAGAAACAACACUCCCUCAAGAAACAACAUCGCCAGACUCCAAGUGUGGGCAGUUCAUGACCCCAGAAGACUGUGUAUAAGCAUUGUAGAGUGUGUGUGAGAGUGAAGUCAAGGGUGUGGUAGGGGUGAAUGUCAACAGUCCAAGGACAGCUGCAGGAGGUGUUGAUUCAGUCAAGGUGGAAGUAGUGUGUCAUCAGAUGUGUCGACCUGUGUCACUUCACCUCAGUCAGUUUGUAGCCGUGAUAAUAAAGUGAAGUUCUACAG